AUGAUUACAGAUCCGGAAAACCUUCCAGAAUCUGAAAAUAUUAAGGACUUCUUCAUUUAUGCAUUCAACCCACUAGAAACAAUCGACUUGGUGAACAAAGAGCGCACUUACGUCUCUAUCAAAAACCCUUUCAAACUAACUUAUCCUGAUGGUACCAGACCCAAAACAAGUGAUGCUAUUCCUACCGUUAUUAGCAUACCGACUCAAACCCAAGCAAAAUCUUCGGAUAAGGAUAGUAGUUCAAAACUGAAAACAAAUCCUGAACCCAAAAACGAUGUUAAGAAACGUGCUAAUACAUUCCCACUGAAUGAACCUAAGCCUAAAAAGCCUGCCAAAAGCAUGGGCUUGAAGUCCACAGAACUCUUAGCAAGAAUGAGAAGGGAGAGAGCAGAGAAAGAGAAUCAAAGACAAGAGGAAUUGGAGAGGAGAAAGAAACAGAAAGAGGAAGAAGCACAGAAGAAGAAUGUGGUAAUUAGCCAGGAAAAACAGAAACAACUGGAUCAACUGGCGCACAUGUUCGACGACGACGACGAUCUGACUUCGUUAGGCAAUAAUAAUAAUAAUAAUAAUAAUAGCACAAUGAACAAUGAAGAUGAAAAUAACGACGAAAAAGAGGAUAGUCUUCCUGUUGCAAUAGAAUCUAUUCCCUCUCAGGAACCCACAAAACAAGAGCAUACUACAAACAUCGAAGAACUAUUAGAUACAACAGCGGAUGAAUCGAUCUUAGAACUCUCACAGCCAGUAAAGAAUAACCCAGAAACAGUCGAUGUUGCGUCCUCUGAUACUUCAGAAAAACAGCAAGAUAUAGAACCGCAAGAAGUCACUUAUGUUGAUGAGGAUGGUUACAUGGUUACGAAGCGCGUAGCACCGGAAGUGAAGAAGCCAUCCAAAACAACUAGGUCGGCAAGGUCUGUACAACCCGCAAAAGAAUCAAAGCCACGCAGUAACGAUAAGAAAAAGAGCUCCGAUGGACAGCGUACCCUAGAGAGCUUCUUUUUCAGUAAGAGUAAGAAGUGA